AUGCCGGUACGCUUUAAGGGACUGAGUGAAUAUCAGAGGAACUUUCUAUGGAAAAAGUCCUAUUUGUCAGAGUCCCACAAUCCCUCAGUAGGACAAAAGUACCCAUGGGCUGGACUUAGAUCAGAUCAAUUAGGAAUCACGAAAGAACCAAGUUUUAUUUCAAAACGAAGAGUCCCUUACUAUGACCCACAGAUUUCAAAAUCUCUUGAGUGGAAAGGAUCUGUGUCAGAGAACAAUGUGGUUGUAUCACCAGAACCUGAAGCCCCAGUAGCUCAAGAGGCAGAACAAAAAAAUGAUGUUAACCAAGAAAAAGAUUUUACACUGGAUGUUUCCAGAGUUCCCAAGAGAACUAGAUCGCAUUCUAUGGACUCCAGAGCCGAAGGGGCUCUAGACCUUGUGGAACAUGAGGAUAAAACGGUAGACCCUAGAGCAGUUAAUGAAAAUGUGCAACUGGAACACUCUGCCAAACUUCUUUCUGAAAAAGUGGAUAAUGGGGUAGGCAUAUGUAAUAAAAAAGACGAUCCUUUAAAGUCAGAAGCAGUGAUGGAAUCAAAAGACUCAGUCCAACCUGAAAAAAUGCUUACUCCUUGGAGACAUCAAAGGCUUGGGAAGGUGAAUUCUGAAUACAGAGCGAAGUUUCUGAGCCCAGCUCAGUAUUUAUAUAAAGCUGGAGCUUGGACUCAUAUAAAAGAAAAUAUGCCAAAUCAGGGUUCUCUGAAUGCCAUGUGGUAUGCAGAGGUUAAAGAACUCCGAGAGAAGGCUGAGUUUUACAGGAAACGAGUCCUGGGAACACAUUUUUCUCGGGACCAUCUGAAUCAGCUUCUGUCUGAUAACAAUUGCUGUUGGGAUGUCUCCUCAGCGAGCUCCGAAGGAACCCAUAGUAGCAACAUCAGAGCUCUAGAUCUUGCUGGAGAUCCUACAAGCCAUCAGACUUUGAAGAAAUGUCAUUCUACUAAACUAGAUGAAACAAGACCUACCUUGGACGAACAGCCCUCCAAAUACGCCACUGAGAAACUGGGCAUGUCAGGCACUGCCACUAUGCCUGUUCGAAGACGUCUUGCUUGGGAUGCAGAUAACACCAAUGAAGAGCCACAAAAACAACCAACAGGGAAGGAGGAGGAGGAGGAAAGUGAAAGGGACAGACAGGUUUAUCGGGAAGAGUUAGAGAAGUUGGAAGUAAAUGAAAGAUCCAAGGCAAACAAGAGAAAAGACUGGUCGGAUUCUUCUUCUGUAUCCUCAGGACAAGGAGGCAGGCUUCCUACACCACAGCUGAGAGAACUCGGCGGAGCCCAGAGGACUCAUCAUGACCGCACCACUCCAGCUGUUGGUGGUGCUGUUUUAGUGUCCCCAUCUAAAGUGAAGGUUCCAGUGCCAGAACAGAGGAAAAAUAUGCUCCAUCAGGAUUGCUUGGAAGCUUCAAAGAAAGAUUUUAGCAAGGUAAAAUUGGGAAAAGCAAAGAUGAACGAUUUCCAGUUGCCACAGCAUGACGCCUUUAAUGAUGAAGAUGACAGAUUGUCUGAGAUUUCUGCUCGCUCUGCGGCUUCUAGUCUCCGGGCUUUCCAGACUCUGGCACGAGCCAAGAAACGAAAGGAGAAAUUCUGGGGCAAAACAUAA